ACAGCAGUUCUCUCUCUAUCCGGAGCAAGUAGUCAGUAGAAGAAGAAGAGUGAGGCUGCGAGCUGACAACUGACACAGACCGUGUCGACAACUUCCUGCAAUGCUCCGUUGUUGCUAUGCAACCUGUCAACAACAAACAGAGUCGCUAGCCGCCAGGCAUGUCGUCGGGUUACUCGGCUAAUCAGUAUGAAAAUGCUUUCAACUCGCAGAAACUGCAGAAUUGGACCGUGCCGAAGCAUUUCAAGGAGAGGCCCUCAGCUGCAGAGGGUCACACCAUCUUCAUCGCCAGUGACCGAGGACAUCUCCUACCGGGAGUGAAGGCUAAGCGUGGCAGUGCGUGGCCAGAUUUUAAGGGGACAUGGGAGCUGCCUGCUCGUCUCCCUCCUGCCUCCAUCAACCCCACGGCUCGCUCUGAGGAGGGCAGACAGCGUCUCACACACACAUACACACACUCCGGACUUGACAUCCACACACACAGGGCUGCCAAAACCACCACCACACCAGCCGCAGAUGGUCAGACGGAAGAGGUUCAGACCUGCAAUGCCCCAACCUCAGAGAGACCAGUCACAGGAGAAAGACCAGUCACUGGGCAAUCAGGUCGUGGGGCGAGACCUUUGACUCAAGCCUCAGAGAGAGAGAGAGCAGUGUCCCACCCUGACACACAGCAAGAGGAGAGAGCAGCCACUAGAGGGAACACCUCGGCUGGAGAGAGAGCAGCCACUAGAGAGAACACCUCGGCUGGAGAGAGAAGAGCCGCAAGAGGGAACACCUCGGCUGGAGAGAGAACAGUUAGCCAGGGAGAGAGAGAAUCUUCUACAGCUGCCCAAGAGAAUCACACACAGAUUGACUAG